UUAAUAAAAACACACAUUAUUAUUAGUAAGAUUUAAAGAAGCGUGCAGGGAUUACGUCUCUGGUUCACAGAUGAUGUUUACUUCAUGAAAUCUAAUUAAAACCGCGUCUGUUUAUCGAGGCAUUCAGAGCAAAAACCUGGAGUAAUGCUGAUAAACAGUAAAGGGAUAAUACAAAAAAAUAAAAUAAAUAAAUAAAUGUAAGGCAUUAAUACUGGAAAUCGUCAGGACUCUGAGACAGACUUGAAACUGGUGUAAAAGUUGUUUGCUUCUGGGGGGGGCAAUUUUUUGAUUUUGUAAGCACGGGAAUUUAACUAUAUGCUGUUUAACCUUUAAAAAAAAAAAAAAAAAAAACGCUAGAACAAACGGAAGUUGAUUUAUUUAUUUAUUUAUUUCAUAUGGGAGUGGGGGUGACAGAUUUACGUGCAAAUUAGACCUCCGCUACGAUUUUAACUAACAUUUAAAACUAGCUGUGCUUUUGUCAUUGGCGGGUGCAGAUGCCAUGACGUACAAACCAUUGCAUUUAAAAAAAAAAAAAACACACACACAACUACAAAGGGUUUGUUUUGAGAUCCCUUGCAACGUAUUGUGUUUGUGAAAAGAGCAGCGAGAGGAGGUGGGAGGAUUCAGGCUUCUGACGUACAGGCAGUUUCAAGCUGAUUUGUUAACAAAAAGCUGCACGUCCUCGCAGAUUAAACAGAAAUAACCGAGCAGCAGCAGCAGCCCCCGAUGAGAAACGAAGCAGGGUUGCUCGCAUGUUAUUGUGACUUCAGCCAUUUCUUCAGGACGCUAACUGGAGUGAAACGGAUUAUUUCUUGGGCACACAGCCUUUAGGAGAACCACUAGCAAUUAAACAACGCGAGCUACCCGUGCUGGGAUUCGUAUUUAGUCAGAAAUCAAGGACAUUUGUUACCGAUAUCAGUGAGAUUUCUUUCGCUGAGGAAAAUGCGAUAUUUACGUUCUUCAGUUAGCAGUUCUUAAAAAUCGCUGCGCAGUUUCGGAAGGAUAUAUUAAUGCUGCUGUUCAGAUUCAUGCAGGGUUGGUAAAUACUUAUCUUUUCUCCACAAUUCUUUAAAAUAAAUUAAAAAAAAAAAACAGCACUGCUCUGAGAAAGGGAUUUUAACCACGCUCUUCUAAAUGUUGCUUCUAUUGAAAUGAUGUAAAGGAGUUCUUUAAGUAGUUUUUUUUUUUUUUUUUUUUUUUUUUUUUUUUUGUUUUUUUAACAGCCUACUAACACGUCUGUAUUUUGGGUUUCACGGAGUUGUUGCUGAUGUCAGUGCCUCCACAUUGCCUUCAUGACAGGAUCAUGAAGUGUUUGACUUUUUUCCUUCUACUUCCAGAAACCUUGAAAAAGUCCAAAAAGGGUGUUAAACACAACAGCAAGCUGCCAGUAUGCUAUGAGAUUGUAACUCUGUCCUUGAAGAAGAAGAUGGCUGCAGAACUGUACCCUGCUAGCACAAACACCAACCUCCCCAUCAGCAACGGCACUACAGUGACUGCAAACACCAAGAAAAGCAUCGUCCCGGUUAACCAGACUGUUACACCCUGCACCACAGCUGCGGCUCAGCAAAACAUCAACAACAACAACGUAGAGACUGCCAACUGGCAAUCUUCCCACCCCACCUUAAGGGAAAGGAAUGCCUUAAUGUUCAAUAACGAACUCAUGGCCGAUAUACAUUUUAUUGUGGGUCCGCCCGGUAGCUCCGAGAAAGUGCCAGCACACAAGUAUGUUCUGGCAGUGGGCAGCUCAGUUUUCUGUGCCAUGUUUUAUGGGGAUCUUGCGGAAGAUAAAUCUGAAAUCCAUAUUCCAGAUGUGGAACAUGCUGCUUUCCUGAUACUUUUGAAGUAUAUGUACAGCGAUGAAAUUGAUCUGGAAGCGGACACAGUUCUGGCCACUUUGUAUGCUGCCAAAAAAUAUAUUGUGCCUGCUUUGGCAAAAGCUUGCGUGAAUUUCCUGGAGACCAGCCUGGAGGCAAAGAACGCCUGUGUGUUGCUGUCUCAGAGCAGGCUCUUUGAGGAGCCGGAGCUGAGCCAGCGUUGCUGGGAGGUGAUCGAUGCCCAGGCAGAGCUCUCUCUCAAAUCAGAGGGCUUUUGCGAGAUAGACCAACAGACUCUGGAGAUCAUCCUGAUGCGGGAAACUCUCAACACUAGAGAGGUGGUCGUGUUCGACGCAGUUUUGAACUGGGCCGUGGCGGAAUGCAAAAGGCAAGGCCUGGUGGUCACGACCAGGAACAAGCGCAGUGUUCUGGGGAAAGCCCUGUACCUGGUUAGAAUACCAACCAUGACACUGGAGGAGUUUGCAAACGGAGCAGCGCAAUCGGACAUCCUGACUCUUGAAGAAACGCACAAUAUUUUCUUAUGGUACACUGCCUCAAAUAAGCCCACACUGGAGUUUCCCCUGGCACAGAGGAAAGGGCUGGCACCUCAGAAGUGCCACAGGUUCCAGUCAUCGGCAUACCGCAGCAAUCAGUGGAGAUACCGGGGCCGCUGCGACAGCAUCCAGUUUGCUGUUGACAAGCGGAUCUUUAUCGCAGGACUCGGACUGUAUGGGUCGAGUGGUGGCAAGGCGGAGUACAGCGUCAGAAUUGAACUGAAACGCCAAGGGACAGUCCUUGCCCAAAAUUUGACUACAUUUAUUUCCGAUGGCUCUAGCAGCACUUUCUCAGUGUGGUUUGAGCACCCAGUGCAGGUGGAGCAAGACACCUUUUACACAGUGAGUGCCAUCCUGGAUGGGAAUGAACUCAGUUACUUUGGUCAGGAAGGGAUGACCGAAGUUCAGUGUGGAAAAGUGACAUUUCAGUUCCAGUGCUCGUCGGACAGUACCAAUGGGACCGGUGUACAAGGGGGGCAAAUACCUGAACUCAUUUUCUAUGCAUGAUUUUGGACAAUUGCAUACAACUCCUGCUGCAUUCCAUUGCUGCUAGUAAAAGCACAUAAAGGAAAAAAAAAAAGCCUUCUGAAUAUUGUAGCAGUAAGAGGAUGUCACACUGCAAGCCUGUUACCAUCUCAAAAUAACGGCUAUCAAAACUAAGUGAAGGAAUGCUCUUGAAUUUAAUCUUAUUUUAUUUAUUUAAAAAAGAAUGUAAUGUUAUUUGAUUUAAUUAUUAAAAACCACAGUAAGAUGUAAAAAGCUGUAUUGCACUUCUAGUGGGAGAUUCCCUGUAGUGUUUUGUAUAUAAAAUAGUGCUUAUUUGUUUACAGUUUAAGGCUGAUUGACAAAACAGAAUGUUCUGUGUUAGAGGGCAGCUUAUGAACCUGCAAAUUAUAAACGUUUUCAUGUGACUAAACGCUGGAGUGUACUUUCUUACAAUCAUUUUUAGACAAAACCUUUCAAAAAAGAAAAGACUGCAUAUGCAAAUGCACUGGUAAGAUUGGACUGCACUAUGCCUUCCAAUUACCUAUAUUGUAGGUUGGCAUUUGAUAUCCAAUAAUUAAUUAGAAAAACAAUGAAAGAAUGGAUUUACUAUUAUCAUUUUUUUUGUGUGUAAGGCUAAUUUAUAGAAUUUUGAAUGUUUAGAACUGUAGUGGCCAAUACAUAUAUUUUUCAUGCAACACUAACAGCCCUCACAAAUCUAAACAGUAGCUGACUAUGCUAAACAGGAAAACAGUCAUGUAUAAAGUUUAGUAGCACAGUGCCCUCUAGGCGUUUUGAAGUGAACUACAGUUCAGUGUCGGAGGAAUAAUGCAUAUAACAUUCUGCCCCAGGAUUAUUUUUUCAUUCUGUCUUCAAGGUAAGGUAAAACGGUAGGGCAGUCACAUUUACUGAUUUAACCCCAAUAUCCAUACUGUUUAAACUAUGUAUGUGGUGUUUAUUUAACAUGAAUAUCAAAGCAAGGUUACUGCAGUGUUUAUUAAAAUUGUACAUUCUUGGGGUUAAACUACUGGGCAAGAAAUUAAA